AGGGAGCCAGCACCACUGUGACGUCAUAACCUACACCUGUGCGCAUGCGGGCGAGUACUUGUUCGGGAGUGCAACCUGUCUACAGUCUGAGAGCUGGGUUAGGGGCGGGUGUGUACGCUGCGGUGACAAAUUCAGUUUCCUCAAGGAAGUCCUUCGUGAUAACACGUCUGUUUUCCCCGCCAUGGCUCGCGUGGAUAUUGUGAUUCUGAUGGGUGUGGCACUGGCUUUAUUUUUUCAGGUCCAGUCCAUGCCUCAGAAAGUCACCAAGCGAGUGCAACUUCUUGGUAUGCAACAGGAGGGGGACUCUACACAGAAAGAAGAAUACGAUAUUUCCGAUGUGGUACAGUCAAUUCAGAACACACUUGCGAGCCUUCAAGAGCGCAUCCUUCGACUGGAAACCAACGGGACGAGACUUGCUGACCGCGUUGCAGUUAUCGAAGAAACGCUAGAAAUGAGUAAUGUGCACCACAAAAUCAUGAACGGGGAUACGAAGGAACAGAACAACGACGUCCAGGGGAAUGAUGGUGUGGAGAAUGCAGCGAUGGCUGUGACGACCCCAAGCAUGGGCGAUGCGCAGAACGGAGAGGAAGGAAGCAAGCAUGCCGUGGGGAACGCCGGUGCGACUGCCCAAGGUGGAGACACCGUGGGGGACGCCAUAGCGUUGCUACAGGAGGCCGAGACGGUCAUUGAACAAGCGGCAGCGGUGCUUUCCGGGAACGAGCAAGCUGUCCAAAGCUCCCAGCAAACACCAAACAAGAAGCCCAACAAAGAUCAGGGGCUCGAACAACCCAGCCAGGAGCCUGGUCAGGAAUCUAAUCUACCUAGCCAGGAGGCGCACCAGCCCAGCGAGCCAACUCCAACUCGUCCACCCAGUGAGGCGAGUGAACCAAGCAAGCCUAGUCAGACGCACCAACCCACUGAAUCCAGCCAGCAGGGACAAGCGGAUCAUCAGCACAGUCAGAUAAUCUACCCAGGCAAUAAUGGCGGAGUUGCGAUUCACAACGGGGCGUCCCAGAACGAGCCGACAGGGAACAACUCACAACCGAGCGACGAUGACAGAGACGGCGAAGAAGGUAACGCCCAAGGCGAAUCGACGACCGGAGAUGAGACAAACAAGUCGGAGGAUGUGAAGGACAGCAACGAUAAGGUGGAAGAAGAGAGAAGAAACGAAUUAAGUCAGGCCCUUGAUCAACGCACUUUUCGUCCCUCCCACCGCUUUUUACCUUAUCGUGGGCGUGUCGGCAUCCACAGCGGCCGUUAGUCUCUUUGCUGUCGCCUGUAUGUUUUACUACCAAAAGAAACCAUCAAUGCAGUCGGGACAUGAUCUAGAUCACUACAGACACUUAAUAGCCCGUCGCAGACGGGCAACGACUCAGAUAAGGUCUAGACCCAGGCUUCAGCGUGAACAGUAAAGAGGAUUAAACUCUCAUAUUAAAUUACGAAUAGAUUAUAGAUUAUCGCUUUUUGAAUUUAGAGUUAAUAAGCCUUUUGUGAGAAGUAAUAUUUACAAACCACUUAAAAGUUAGACAGCAUUCUUAUCCAGUUGGAAGUUUCUGCAUGUGAAAGAAACGCUAAGGAAAAUUGCUGGUCGAAAAGGCCAGGUUACCUCAAUGUCCACCGAGCAAUAAAUUGUGUGCAUAAUAGGAGCAUUAUAAUGCAGCUUUGGAGCUCAUCUCUUAAUUCAAGUUCCAAACUUUUCCUUUUUUGCAUUCCUCAAAAGUGAAAACAUUCAGGAUGAAGCAAGAAUUUAAAGUGGGGUUCAGAUUGAAAAUCAAAUUACAAACAUCAAACCGAUGUCCAUGCAAAAUGGUUUAUGCAGUGGUUAUAACAAAGACAGUGCUCUCUUGGCGAGAAAAAGCAAC